AUGUAUGUAGUGCCUCCGCCUCCGAGAUCCGAUUCAGGAUCCAAUGGUGAUUUACGGGUUUACCAAACUUGGAAAGGCAGCAAUAAAUUCUUUCUUCAGGGAAGAUUUGUAUUUGGGCCAGACGUAAGAUCACUGGCGCUGACAAUAUGCCUCAUUGCUGUCCCUGUCACAAUCUUCUGCAUCUUCGUCGCCAGGAAGCUAAUGGAUGACUUCUCAGAUAGCUGGGGAGUAUCUAUAGUAGCUGUAGCCGUCGUCUUCACCAUUUAUGAUUUGAUUCUUCUGCUGCUUACAUCCGGAAGAGAUCCAGGAAUCAUCCCUAGAAACGCUCAUCCUCCUGAGCCUGAACCACUUGACAGCAACAACAUGGAUGCAGGAGCUGGCCAGACUCCUCAGUUGAGACUGCCUCGCAUUAAGGAAGUAGAGGUUGAUGGGAUUACAUUUAAGGUCAAGUAUUGUGACACUUGCAUGCUCUAUAGGCCUCCUCGCUGUUCCCACUGCUCUAUUUGCAACAACUGCGUUGAGAAGUUUGACCAUCACUGCCCUUGGGUUGGUCAAUGUAUUGGGCGGAGGAACUACAGAUUCUUCUUCAUGUUUGUCUUCUCCACGACACUUCUCUGUAUAUACGUGUUUGCCUUCUGCUGGGUCUAUAUAAGGAAAAUCACGGAAUCAGAGCAUACGACCAUUUGGAAAGCAAUGCUUAAAACUCCUGCCUCUAUUGUUCUCAUAAUCUACACAUUCAUAUCGAUGUGGUUUGUUGGUGGCUUAACAGCUUUCCAUCUAUAUCUCAUCAGCACAAACCAGACUACUUAUGAGAAUUUCAGAUACAGAUAUGAUCGGAGAAGCAACCCACACAACAAAGGAGUGGUUAACAACUUCAAAGAAACAUUUUGUUCAGCAAUCCCUCCUUCAAAGAAUGACUUCAGAGCCAUGGUACAUCGUGAACCUCCACUGCCUCCUAGAUCUGUUACAGGCGGUUUCAUGAGUCCAAACAUGGGUAAAACCAAUGACGACAUUGAAAUGGGAAGGAAGGCUGUUUGGGCUGACAUGGGCUCAGCAAUGUCAGAACAUGGUGAUGGCAAACAUGGUGGUAACAAUGAAAGGUUACAUGUUAAGGACGGUGAGUUAGGAGAGUUUUCACCAGAUGUUAGGACGACGGUUGAUGAACAAAGUGAUAGGCCGAGUAUGCACCCGAGACGGUCAAGCUGGGGAAGGAAAAGUGGGAGCUGGGAUAUGUCGCCAGAAGUUAUGGCCUUAGCAGCCAGAGUAGGAGGAGAACAAAACCAGAACGGUGGAGGAAGCAGCAGUGGAAGUGGUUUAGUGACUGAGAACAGGCCUACAUAGUCAGAUACACGAUUUAGCACGGAAGGAAGACCAAACAGAGCUGAAGCAAUCUGCCAGGUGUUUUUUUUUCUCAAACCCUUUUUCUUUUGGAUUAUUCAGCUUAAAAUCAGUUUAUGCAAGCUUGUGGUGUUGUAACUUUCCAUUGUUCUUAAUGUGGAAAGUGUUUGUGUUGUUGGCUUUGUUGUGGUAAGCAAAAAGGUUUGAAUUGGUGUGUUUGUGUUUACUUGUUUGUAUGAGUGAGCUUCUUGUGGAUUGCUCAGACUAUUCUUGUUUUAGCUGUGUUUAUAUAUUUAAUCAGAGACAUGUUUUACGGUUAAAACAAGCUUCUCUGUUGUCUUAUCAUCAAAUAAGUUACAAGUGAAUUAUCAAAACAUG